UGUCUCUCUAUCUCUCUCUUUCUCUUCAAAGAAUCCAUUUUUCUUUUGUUUCAUCCUUCAAAACUCAAAACCCUGUUUGUUUUUUGGCUCCUCAGAAACAAUUUAAUUGGAAAUUUUCUGCAUGUUUUGAUAUUUUCUUCAUACGUUUAAGGUUUUCACCAUAGCUGAUUAAGCUAGGUUUAGUAAAUAUUAAAUGAAACCCUUAGUUUUGGUUUUAGUUUUGAUUUCUCCGGUUUGCUCCUCCUGGUUGUUGCAUUAGUAGUAUGCGCAGUUUCUUUGGCCUUCCAAUGGAGAAUUACCAAGGCGAUUUAACCGAUAUUCUUCGAGCAAGCUCAGGUAAUUCAUCGUCUGAUAUUAAUAGUAACGUUAACAAUAAUAACAAUAAUCCUCCUGCUGCUGCUGCUUCUUCUUCAACCUGGCAAUUUCCGUCUUCCGAUGCGUUGAAUUUUUCUUUGACUUCGGACAAUCAUAGAGAUUCUUCUUCCUUCGGUGAUCCGUUCUCCUCCAUUCGAGAUCCGCUCCUCCAUGAGCUCAACAUGGCGGGUUCCUGCUAUUACAGCGCUCCGAAUUCAGUUGAAAUGAUGUCAACAACUAGCAGUACUAUUGUUGAUGAAAGUGGUACUACUUCUUCAGCCAGCUAUCCUCGUCAUCAAAGGGUUUUUGAAGAUGAAUUGAAGACGCCUUGCAACGUUUUUUCACGGAUUCAGAUCUCACAAAGUCCCAAGCAGCUGCCGGUUUUGCCAUGUGAUUCACCAGUUCUCGCCGCUGCUGCUGCCACGCCGAGGGGAACUAAGGCGCCUGCUAUGCUUCCAAGUGACAUGAUUAAUGCAACCAGCUCAAAAAGUUGUUUACUUGAUAACACUACUGGACCUUUGCAGAUCUCAUCCCCGAGGAAUCUGGGCAUCAAAAGAAGAAAGAGCCAGGCAAAGAAGGUGGUUUGUAUUCCGGCGCCGGCAGCGGCAAAUAGCAGGUCAAGUGGAGAGGUGGUUCCUUCUGAUCUCUGGGCAUGGAGAAAAUAUGGACAAAAACCCAUCAAAGGUUCACCUUAUCCAAGGGGCUAUUACAGAUGCAGUAGCUCGAAGGGAUGUUCAGCGAGGAAACAAGUUGAGAGGAGCCGAACGGAUCCGAAUAUGUUGGUGAUUACCUACACUUCCGAGCACAAUCAUCCAUGGCCGACACAGAGAAAUGCGCUAGCCGGCUCAACAAGGUCUCAGCCAUCUAAAAACAACGCGGCGAAGAGCUCCGGCUCUCAGCCUCAGAAUUCAACAAACAACACAAAGGAAGAAGCGAAGGAGAAUAGUAAUGACGAUACGCUGUCGCCAGUAGUUGGAGCUAGCUCAAGCGCUUCAGUUAAAGAGGAGGUGGAGGAAAUGGAGAAGCCAUUUGAGAUGGAUCAAAAUGGUGAAUUCAGUGAAGGGUUUUCUCAGAUAUACAAACCGGCAUUGCCAGAUCAGUCGAACCAAUCUCAUGAAGAUUUCUUCGCCGAUUUGGGAGAGAUAGAAGCCGACCCUCUAAACCUCUUAUUUAGCCAUGGAUUCAGUGGAGAUGUACAUAAAGAAAACAAGGGUUUGGAUCCAUUUAAUCUCUUUGAUUGGUCAGGAGACAACAACAACACUUCAUUUGGAGAAUCCAAGAGGGGUUUAUAACAAGACCUUGAAGUCAAACAACAAAGAAAUUAAAAGACUAUUUUUAUGUAAGUUCAUGUGGUGCAAAAUUUCAUUCGAGGUCCUGUUAUAAACCUUUAGCUUGUCAUUCUGGUUUGAAUUUCAGAAUUUUUUUUCCCCUUUUCUACUUUUUUUUCUUGUUAUUUACCAGAACAAACAGUCAGAAGAUUAGAAAAAACAAAGAUGGUAAAAAAGAUAGAGAGUGCUGGUUGAUUGGGAGCAGAGGCAAUGAGUCCCACAUUCCUUUUGGAAUAUUAGUGGAUGAGACAGAAAGCUGAGAAACAGAAGGUUUCCACAGUUAAAAAAAGUACAUCCAUCAGACAUGACUCGAUAGCUCAGUGAGCAGAUUCAUUUUCGAUGGGAUGGGACUUGCCUUUCCUCUUCCUUUUUCCAUCAAGUGGAACUCAUUAU